GCUCCGCGCAGGCGCGCGCUGCUCGGCUGGGCACGGCUUGGCGCGGGCGUCUUUCCCUCGCUCUGCCUUUGCUCCCGGGCUCCUUGCAGCCGUAGAGGGGGGCCGGGUGCUCGGCUGCACCAUGUUUCUCCACUCCGUCAACCUCUGGAACCUGGCGUUCUACGUCUUCAUGGUGCUCCUGGCCACCCUGGGGCUGUGGGAUGUCUUCUUCGGCUUCGAGGAGAACAAGUGCAGCAUGAGCUACAUGUUCGAGUACCCUGAGUACCAGAAAAUAGAACUUCCAAAGAAAUUGACAAAACGCUAUCCAGCCUAUGAGCUAUAUCUUUAUGGAGAAGGGUCAUACGCUGAAGAGCACAAAAUUCUCCCUUUGACAGGAAUUCCUGUUCUCUUCCUUCCUGGCAAUGCAGGAAGUUACAAGCAAGUUCGUUCCAUUGGCUCGAUUGCACUUAGGAAAGCAGAAGACAUUGACUUCAAGUACCACUUCGACUUCUUCAGCGUGAACUUCAAUGAGGAGCUGGUGGCAUUGUACGGUGGGAGUCUUCAGAAGCAGACCAAGUUUGUUCAUGAAUGCAUUAAAGCCAUUCUCAAGCUCUACAAGGGUCAAGAAUUUGCCCCCACAAGUGUGGCACUGAUUGGUCAUUCUAUGGGUGGCCUUGUCGCCAGAGCAUUGCUUACACUGAAAAACUUCAAACAAGAUCUGAUAAAUCUUCUGGUCACACAAGCCACCCCUCAUGUGGCCCCUGUGAUGCCGUUAGAUCGUUUCAUUACCGAGUUUUAUAUGACUGUAAACAACUAUUGGAUUUUAAAUGCUCGGCAUAUAAAUUUGACUACACUUUCUGUAGCUGGAGGAUUCCGGGAUUACCAAGUUCGUUCAGGACUGACUUUUCUACCAAAAUUAAGCCAUCAUACCAGUGCCUUAUCUGUUGUGAGCUCGGCAGUGCCUAAGACCUGGGUCUCAACAGACCAUCUCUCCAUCGUAUGGUGUAAACAGUUGCAGUUGACUACAAUUCGAGCCUUCUUUGAUCUUAUUGAUGCCGACACCAAACAAAUAACUCAAAAACCUAAGAAGAAGUUGUCUGUGUUGACUCACCAUUUUAUAAGACACCCAGCUAAACAGUUUGAAGAAAACCCAUCAAUACUUUCUGACCUAACAGGGACGUCUAUGUGGGUUCCAGUAAAGGUGUCCAGAUGGUCCUAUGUGGCUUAUAAUGAAUCUGAUAAGAUUUAUUUUACAUUUCCUCUUGCAAAUCAUAGGAAAACCUACACUCACAUCUACUGCCAGAGCACCAUGCUGGAUACAAAUAGUUGGAUUUUUGGCUGCAUAAACAGCACAUCUAUGUGCCGGCAAGGGGUUGAUUUAUCAUGGAAAGCUGAGCUGCUGCCAACAAUUAAGUCUCUGACGUUACGACUCCAGGACUAUCCUUCUCUGUCGCAUGUUGUUGUCUACGUACCGUCUGUCCAUGGAAGUAAGUUUGUCGUAGAUUGUGAGUUCUUUAAAAAAGAAACAAGAUCCUUACAGCUUCCUGUGACUCAUCUUUUUUCCUUUGGAUUGUCUUCACGGAAGGUGAUACUAAAUAUGAGUGGCCUGUACUACAAUGUAGAGCUUCUGAACUUUGGGCAGAUAUACCAAGCGUUUAAAGUCAACGUGGUAAGCAAGUGCUCUGGAGGCAAAGAAGAGAUAACUAGUAUCUACAAACUUCACAUCCCCUGGUCUUACGAAGACUCCCUCACCAUUGCACAGGUUCCAUCUUCCACAGAGAUUUCUCUGAAACUUCAUGUUGCUCAGCCGGAAAAUGACAGCCACGUGGCAUUGUUAAAAAUGUACACGUCGUCAGACUGUCAGUAUGAGGUGACAAUUAAGACUUCCUUUCCACAAAUACUUGGACAGGUGGUUAGAUUUCAUGGUGGGGCUCUUCCUGCCUACGUUGUAUCUAGCAUCCUUCUGGCUUACGGAGGACAGUUAUAUUCUCUCUUCUCAACAGGUUAUUGCUUAGAAUAUGCAGCCAUACUGGAUAAAGAAGCCAAACCGUACAAAGUUGACCCGUUUGUAAUUAUGGUUAAGUUUUUGUUGGGGUACAAAUGGUUUAAGGAAUUAUGGGAUGCAGUGUUGUUGCCGGAAUUAGACGCCAUCGUGCUAACUAGCCAGAGUAUGUGCUUCCCUCUGGUGUCCCUGAUCCUCUUUCUGUUUGGGACCUGCACUGCCUACUGGAGUGGUCUGCUCUCUUCCACGUCUGUGCAGCUUCUCUCCUCACUGUGGCUAGCCCUGAAGAGACCUGCUGAACUUCCUAAGGAUAUCAAGGUGAUGUCACCAGACUUGCCUGUUCUGACAGUUGUCUUUCUCAUAGUGAGCUGGACGACUUGUGGAGCACUUGCCAUACUUCUGUCUUAUCUGUACUAUGUGUUUAAGGUUGUCCAUCUGCAAGCCAGCCUUACGACCUUUAGAAGCAACCAGCCAGUGAAUCCCAAACACUCUAGAAGAAGUGAAAAGAAGUCCAACCACCAUAAAGACUCCUCAGUGCAGGGUCUUCGCCUGUCUGCCAACGAUGCUGAGGACAGUCUGCGCAUGCACGGCACUGUGAUUAACCUGCUCACGUGGGUGGUUCUGCUCAGCAUGCCGUCUCUCAUCUAUUGGUUAAAGAACCUUAGGUAUUAUUUUCACCUUACUCCCGACCCAUGUAAGCCCCUGGCGUUUCUCCUUACCCCAGCUAUAACGAUUCUUGGAAAUACUCACACAGUUUCAGUAAAGUCAAGUAAACUGCUGAAGACCGCCUCGCAGUUCCCACUCCCCCUGGCUGUCGGCGUCAUUGCGUUUGGCUCCUCCCACUUAUACAGGGUCCCUUGCUUUGUCAUCAUCCCUCUUUUACUCCACGCGUUAUGCAACUUUAUGUGAGCCUGGACUUGGAGGAUGACAAAAGUGAUGUACGCCUUUAGGACCAGGGAGGCAGUGAACGCAGCUCCACCCACCGGCACAGUGCGGUCCUUCGGAGAAGACGAGUCUAUUUUUACAGUAUCGGACAUAGGAGAUUAGUUUUGUAAUGCUUGAGGAAAGUAGUCGAAGCAUGGUUUCAUUUCGUGAUGUCGCGUGCGUAUACUUGUCACACCUGAGAAGUUAGUGAAGGGGACUCCUGUCAUACCCACUGGCUUUCCUCAGCCAUGACGGGAAUCUUCCAGAGACUCUGUAGACGGAGCAUUGUUUAUAAUCAUGGGAAACCGCUGCAGGUUUCCUCAGACUUUCUUUUGAAAAGUGGGUUUUGUGUUUGCUGUCAUUUACAUAUUCAGAAUAAGUCCUCAAGGGUUGUUCAAAGUCACGACUGUUUCCCAGAAGUAAAAUAGUCAUGAUGCAAUCUUUGGUCAGUUUUUGGCAGCCACGGUGAACACAGUUUGAUCUGUCUUCUUACAUCUGUGAAAAAGAGCCUCAAAUUAAAGGGAGACUUUUUGGUUAACUACUGCACUUGAGAUUCAAAACAAGGACAUUUUCUUGAGCCUUCAAAUAUGACUCUUACUGUGUAUUCUUGGUGAAUAUUAAAAGCAUGAAAGAAAUUCUACCAAAAGAUCUAUUAUCAAAAGACUGUUCCUGUGGAUCUGCAUUGGCACAAACAGUUUCUCCACCAGAUUAAACCAGGGACCCCGUGGUUGCCAAAAGUGCCUCUGGUAAUGAUAGGUUGUUAAAAUAACUCAAUUCCAGAGGUUGGAACGACAACUCUAGGCUUGCAUCGUUUUGGUUUUUUUUUUUUUUUGUCUCUUGGGAAGGAGGGGGUGUCAACACAAAUACAGGUGUACACUUGAUGUACCAAACGAUACCGCUAAUGGAGGAGCAGCAGGCAGCCAUUACUGCCGCGGCCCUGACCGUGUGAGCACUGCCUCAGGAGACUGCAGACUUCCAUUGCCCACGUAACAGUGGAAUCUUGACUUGCAGAGUUCACUCCGAGGACUCCUGUUUGGCCAGCAAGGGUAAUACUACUCUGUUUCAUCUCCAGUUCUAGUUCAUUCUUAGCUACAGAAAAGUAGAAAGGUCGGGAGCUUGAAGACUAUAGUUGCUCUUUGCCUUUGGUUAGAACAAACUCAAGCUGAGAAAAUCCUGGUUCAUGGAGCCCUUCACUUAGAUGUGUGUUCUGUAAAUGCCUGAAGCCUCCCCAGUGAAGUCCUUACAUGUCCGUGAAUUCACAGCUGCACUUGUGAGCUCGUGUACGUCUUAGUGCCAGGAGUGGUACCCAGGGAACCGGUUUUAUUUUAUCUGCUGUUGCAUCUGGUACCACAGCCUUUCAGCUACUACUGCCAGCCAGAGGGCUCCUCCCACUCCACUCACCCUCAUAACCUGCCUCAUGCCCUCUGGGAGUUCUUCCUUGGAUCUUUCCUGUUUCAGCUUUAGUCAGAGGGUCAUGUUAUUACCACAGAGGUUAGUUCGUUUGUAUGAUUCUGUUGCUGUCUUCUUGAUGGGCAUCAUGCUUGUUAAGUAUUCAUAUUUUUCACUUACUAAGACUUUUAAAGGAAAGCCAUUAUACUAGAUGUGGCGAGCGUUUUAGUCUCUUGCUUCAGAAACGUUUCAAACGGAAUAAACUACACCAUAGUGUUUGUUCAGUAUCUGAGAGUGAGUUCAUCAGCAGCACAGUUUUCCCAUGGCAUACCACUUCCAUGGGACAUAGCUGCUUGAAUGUGGCCAGGCAUACACAGCCUCUAUACACAUGCUACCUUUCAUUCUGUGGAUGAUACGACAGGCUUAUCUCAACUUAAUGGUAACUGAAUACUUUGACUUCCUGAAUUUGAACAUACAUCUACAAAGAACUUUACAGAAAAUUGGUGUUAGACCUUUUUACAGCUGGGAAUUAUUUCUGAGAUCUAAAGUCUCCCUGCUUAGCCAGGACUACUCCUGAGUAAAACGUAGCAAGUUUGAUUUCUUACUCAGGAGUAGGUAUGUUUGUUAUUAAAGCACAUUAAUUCUUACUGAAAUGUUUUUUGUCUGAAAGUACUUAUUCCCAAGCCCUGAAGUCUUGUUUAUGUCAACAAAAUAUUUUAGAUAAUAGUGGUCUGGGUCUUGGGCCAUUUGCCGCCCACACUCACAGAUACACACUCACACAUAAACACACAUGGGCAUACUUUGACAGAAUCUUCAUCAAGUGUUUAGAUACAAAUAGCUAGGUAGACCACCUAAUCAUGAAAAUUGCUAUCCCUUAAGAAAAGGAAAUUCCUUUAUCUCAACGUCACUUGCUUUUAUCUAUCAUGUUUACAUGCAUAUUAUUACCCAUAGUCCCAUUACCAAUUUUACUCGAAUUGGCAGUUAAAUCAGAGAUUAAUACAUCACAUUUUUGAGUUCCACUGUUGUGGUUUUUUCCCUAAGAAACUGAGUUUUUGAGUAAGUGUUGUGCUUAUUAAACAGCUGGAUUCUUGCUAGUGAAUAGAUUGAGUACACAUUAGACAAUUAAGAACACUGAGUGCUCGGUGUUUCUGAAAUGCCCUCAUGGAGUUCUUGCUAUUACAACUUAGACCUGAUAAUUCUUUUAAAGAUUCAUUGUGUGUGUGUGUGUGUGUGUGUGUGUGUGUGUGUGUGUGUGUGUGUGUAUGUGUGUAUGUGUAUAUAUGUAUGUGUGUGCAGGUGCUCACUGUGGCCAGAAGAGGGCAGUAGAUCCCCUAGAGCUGUAGUUAAUUGUGAGUUGCUGGACGUAGACACUAGGAACCAAACUCAAAUUCUCCGGAACAGCAGCACUCUUAACUCAGCCAUCCCUCCAGCUCCUGGACCUGAUAAUUUGAUAGAAAUUGCUAUUGCAGUUCUGUGUGUAUAGACAUAAGCACACCAGGGAUUAAAUCCAGAGCCUGUGUUUCCUAAUUAUAUUCUCUACCACUGAGUUAUACACAGCUAGUCUGGAUUAAUUCCGUGCCAAAAUUAAAUAAAUUCUACUCUUUUCUUGGUUACCACCAUAUUGAAAACUUUUAGAACUGAUUCUAAAGAAACUGUUUAUGCUAAACACUGAUUUUUGAGCUUGCCUAAUAUGUAUUAAUCAUGUGUUGAGUAGUCUUCUAAUCCUUUUUAUACUUUGGUUAUGUAAAUUCAGCUGUCUAUAAAGGGAUAGUUUUUUGGGGGGGGCGGGGGGCGUUUAAGACAAGGUUUCUUUGGUAGCCUUGGCUGUUCUAGAACUAGCUCUGUAGACCAGGCUAGCCUUGAAUUCACAGGGAUCUACCUGCCUCAGCCUCCCAAGUUCUGGGAUUAAAGGUGAGCACCACCACCGCCCAGCAAAGGGCUACCUUUUAUUGAGUGAACUAUAAUAGUGUCUAUGUAAUUAUACAGUGAAGAAAAAGAAGUAACUCCAGGAGGUAGUCCUGCUGAACAUUUGCUAUCUAUUACGUUGUUAUGCAUGUCGACAUGGCGCAUUUUCACAGUGCUCACAAAUUUGUACCAGACAGAUUGUCUUAUUUAUUUUAUUAUCAAGUCUCUAUACUUAAAAAAACAAAACAAACAAAAACCUCUUUAGAGUUUUCACUCACGGUGUGGUGUGUUCAUUUAACCAGGCACUUUCUUAAUGCCUCUUAUGGAAGAUGAUGACGUGCAAUAAAGUGAGGAAGAAUUCAGUUUUCGGUAGUUCUUGAAAGCUGCGGGAGGCAUAUGGGAAACAGGCCUGGAGAGAUGGUUCAGAUGGAAAGGCCUGCUGUACAUGAGGACCCAAGUGCAGACUCCCAGAAUCCACGUGAGAAACUGGCUGAGCGGUGUGUACCUGGAAUCUCAGCUCUGAGUGGUGGAGACAGGUAGAUGUGUGGGGCUUGCUGGCCAGCCAGCCUAGCCAAAUUUGCAAGCUUUGGGUUCAGUGAAAGAUCCUGUCUCAAAAAAUAAGGUGGAGAGUAACUGAGGAAGACUCCCAGCAUUGACCCUUGUCCCCAACACCCCCAACCUCUCGUAUGUGCACCCACACACAGGUGCACAUACACAAACAUGUACACACAUGAAAACGCAAAACACAUUUAAGAGGCAGGGACCCACAAACACCAUGAACUAAACCAGGGCUGCUGGUUCCAGAGUCAUGGGAUAAAUCAGGCGGUCUGUAUUUCUCUCCUCAACAUCAGGUCUGAAUUAAUGCACUGCCUUGUGUUUUUUUGGUUUGAUGCAAAAUUUUAGAAUGUUGCGUUUGAACAUUUAGGAAGUGUUUUUUAAAAAAAUCAUUUAGGAAAAAUCCAAAAGUAUGUCAAAGCUUUGGAUAGCUAGGUUUUUGUUGAUUUUUUUUUUUUUUUUUUUACCUGUGUGGACAAUCUGAUCUGUGAAUUUGUAUAUCAUAGGAAACAGACUUUUUGAAGUUUAUUGAGGGUCACAAUCCAUUGGGGGAGAGUAUGACACUUGUCAAGGGAGCAAUGAGAGUUUCUGUGUUGGCAAUUGUUCCUGACGGGACAGCUUCUGUACCAGAUAAAGUUAAUACAGGACUCACUCUUCCAACUGUAAGAUUGAGAGCUGGAAUUUUUAUUGCAGUCUUUUUGAACAAGAAACAUUUAUAAUUCUGUGAUUAUCUACUUUUUCAACAUGAGGCUUCCGGAUGCAUGAAGAAAUAAGAAAGUCCCAGGGGCCUUCACAUUCCCAGCUUUCCAGAGGAUCAUGGGAAAUGGGAGUCAGCUCAGCAGUUCAAAUAUGUACUAUACAUGCAUAAACUUCAUUUUUAAAACAUUGUGAAUAAGGAAAAACAGAAUUUUACAUGGUAGUAACUUCAUUUUGAGAACAGAAUAAAACUUGGAAAUGGUGGGAAGAGGCAUACCGUUACUCUGUUAACACUAUAAAUGUAACAGGGCAGCUGGGUGGUGAUGUGCUUCAGAGCUGGCAGUCUCUAAGCUGCAGCUUGAUUAAACUGUCUGCGAAUAAUAAUUGUGAUCAAGAGCAGUUUUCUUUAAGUGUUUGGCAUGUUAUGCUACCAAAAACCAUCUGAAAUACUAAGAAACCAGUUAAUUUCCGAUGACGGUAUGUAGAAUUGGUACCUUGAGUCAGAAUCGGCCUGUAAUCAUUCUGUGCAUUGUCAGUUUGAGCGUCAGUGGGAAACUGUAUCUGUUGCUGUUUAAUUAAUCAGUGUAAGUUUGCGUAUCUGAAUUCUAAUCUUAGUCUAGGAAACCUACAGGGAGCCAUUUUGUAAAGUUCAUGUGCUCUUCCAAAUGUCCUUUUGUAGUGUUUGUAAGGUAGUGAUAUUACCAUCACAAGAGUUUAUAGAGAUUACGUAGCACUACUAACUACUGCAGAGCCUAAUGUGGCUGUUGGGUUUUGUAUGUCAUGUGCAUUUGUUCUGUUUCCUGUUGGACUUUUUCCAUCCCCCCCCCUUUUUUUUUUUUUUUUUUUUUUUAGGAAAAUAAAGAUCCAUUUGAAUUCUUUUCAGCAUAAUCUACAUUGGAAACUGGAAGUAUUCCUGUGGUUAGCAAAACGUGCUUUGCCACCAAAGCUAAAUGAAACUGUAAAAUACCUCCGGAUAUUUGUGCCAAGGAACUUUUCGUAGUAUAUUGGGGUUAAAGUAAAAGUAAUCUCUUCAGUAUUUUUCAUCUAGACUUAACAAUAAAUGUGUACAUCGUGAAAACAUAUUCCAUACUCUAUUUUUCUUUGAAAAUGUUCAAAGCUUUUGAAGAGUGUGUUCUAUUCUGUCUGGUUUCCUGACAUUGUUGAGUAAAAAUGUAGUCCCCUCAGUAGAAGUCUUUUAGCAGCUAGCUGAAGUCAUCUGGCUUUUGUGAUGUAAAAAAUGAAUUUUGUACAGUCCAUUUCUGGUGUAGGUGUCUCCUUUAUAUACCUGAAAGCGUGCCCUGUGGGGUUCCUGUUGUUUGUGUUUCUGUUCCGUCCCAAGUGUUUAUCCGCUAGAACCUAACACAGUACAGUGAAGCAAACCUUUUAACAUGCACACCUUCAUAGUACCAAAUACUAUGAAAUACAGUUGUUAGUGAGACGUACUAGCACUGAUACGGCCUUAGAGAGAACUAGAAACGGAGCGGACACAGAAGCCGCUGUGGGUUUACAUGAACUCUCUUCUGCCUCAGAGGAACGUCAUGGAGAUAGAGCUCCGCGUUUUGCUUUAGUUUUUCUUACUGUUUUUUACUGCUGCUUGGCCCUGUACAGUAAUGUUGGUACGUUUUCAUAAGUUAGCCUCGUAAAUGAAGAGGUGGUCCGGAAAGCCAGGUAGUGGAGUUAUUUGGUCUUCAUCGAGUAAUGGUUAUCUAACUAACCCUUGGGGACUGUGGACUGAUGAGCAGGAAGGUGGCUUGUGAGGGCUGGCUUCAGGAUGCAGUGUUCCCUGGACCGAGUUGGUCCUCUGUGUGCAAUGGCCUAAGUAGGAGAUGCCUGCCCUUAACAUAAAGCAGGCUCUGUGCAUGGAGAAAGAGGCGUUGAUCAGAGUACUCAUGCAAAUAACCCCUCCCCCUCCCCGAUGUGUGGCUGGGAGAGAAACCUUCAUUUUUAUUGUGUAUAAAUUAGGAAGUUGUGUUACAUACUUGUAUUUUUUUAAAAAAUAGGAACUGAUGUGUAUCACUUUGAAGUGAUACUGUGGUUUCUUAAACUUAGGACUAGCUGUAAGUGUAGCAAUGUGCCCAAGAUAAAACAGACCAAAACUGAAUUUAUAUCAUCACUGUGACCUUGAACUUAUUUGGGAUAAAGCAGACCGUGCCUUAAAAUGACCAAGCAAUGCCCUGCAGUUUUGUAACUGUGUAUUUUACUCUGGGUGGCCUUCUCAAAUUCACCUGAAAUUCUUUCCUUUCAAGUUGUUGAAGGAAAAGUUUUAAGUACAAAUUGACCCACACUUCCUAUAGCACUCACACAGCUGCUGUUCUUGAGGCCUCCCUGAAGUUCCCGAGCUUUCUGUUGUUUGAUUUAUUUUUAAAUUGAUUUAGUCUUAAUAUAUCUGGGAAAUUAGGUUUCGCUAAAGUUUCUGAGGGAAAAUAUUUUAAGGGAUAGUCAUGGCACUUCUGUUUCUAAACUUACUGAAUAUAUAAAAAUUAAUCAUCGAAAUGUAUUUUUGUCUUAUUGGUAAUAAUCUUAUCAAAGAUGUGAGUUCCUUCUAAGACUUGUGCUCAGUGUUGUGGCAGGUUGAGGCUUGUAUUUAUAUUCUCAAAUAAGGGUUGUUAAUCUGGUAGUGACUUUCCAGUGGCUAAACUCAGAUCAAUCUAGUUUUUUUUUUUUUAACCAUUACUAUUUCCCUUUCCUUUUUCUGCCUAAUAAUUUUUAAUAGUAUCAAGGAGAAAGUAGCUCCUCUUUUUAAUUUAAUGUAAAGUCUUCUUGCAUGAUUACUGUGCUUAUUUAAAAUAAUGAGUAUGAUUUUCAUUGAAGUCCAAAUUGCUCAACUUAUAGUAUAAUCACGUUCUUUCCCGAAGAUGCUCACAUUCCUGGGUGCUCCGUUUGUUGUUUAUUUUUACAUGUUACUUUUGGGCAUAAACUCAGCGUAUUUCUUUUGUCCUAUUUCCCCUCCCCUACUCCUGUUAAAACGUUUUAUUUAAGUAAGAGUCUCUUAAACACAUGUAGAAGUGACAAUACUUCCUUAAAGCCCGGUAAGUUUGACAACGAAGUUGUUUAGGCACGGGUGUAUAAUCAGGUGGCUCCCCGCUGGCGUCCGCUUUUACCAUACAGCUAAACGUUUCGAGCACAAACUACUCAUGGCCGCCGUGGGAGACUCAGUAAAGUUACCAUUUAUUCGCACCCCCCGUUUUGUCCUCAGCCAUAAAGUCUAGUGUAUAGUAACAAUUCUUAGUGCAAGGAGCCUGCCCCAAAGUGUGUACUGAAAACAGUGAUCAUAGCGCAGAUCUUCCCGUCUGAACAUGCAUGCUGUCCUCCAGUGCAUCGUGCGGUGUGUAGUGCACUAAUACAUGUGCGUGAAAUUUUCUGUGUAUUUUUGGUAUGGUAUAACUAACGCUGUUACAUUGAACUGGUUGUGAUUUGGGGGAAAGUGCUUCUUAUCGUACCUUGUAGAGUGUUGUAAAUGUUUUUACCUGUGUUUCCACAUUAUGCUGUAGUUUUAUUAGGUGAGUAUUUGCCUUCCGUCUCCGCUCAGGUAUUAACGUGUGGCAAUUUUGGGUGCUUUGUUUUAGUUUGUCAUAAUCUGGUGUUCUGAAUGUCCAAAAAUAAAUUUGGCGAAUAAGCUCA